AUGGGGUUAUUAGUGAGUAGAUUAUUUAACCGAUUAUUUCAAAAGAAAGACGUUAGAAUUUUAAUGGUGGGUCUAGAUGCCGCUGGGAAAACAACAAUAUUAUACAAAGUCAAAUUAGGAGAAGUUGUUACAACCAUUCCUACUAUAGGUUUCAAUGUUGAAACAGUUGAAUUCAGAAAUAUUUCCUUUACUGUAUGGGAUGUUGGAGGACAAGAUAAGAUCCGACCAUUAUGGAGACACUACUACUCUAACACCGAUGGAUUAAUAUUUGUUGUCGAUAGUAACGAUAGAGAAAGAAUUGAUGAUGCACGCGAAGAGCUGCAUAGAAUGAUAAACGAAGAAGAAUUAAAGGAUGCAAUAAUUUUAGUAUUUGCAAACAAGCAAGAUUUACCCAAUGCUAUGUCUGCAGCUGAAGUUACUGAAAAGUUGCACCUUAACACGAUAAGGGAACGAAAUUGGUUCAUUCAAUCGACCUGCGCCACAAGAGGAGAUGGGCUAUAUGAAGGGUUCGAUUGGCUAACUACCCAUUUAAAUAACGCCAAAUAA